AUGUAUCAAAGUUUUAUACGUUCCCCAAGUCCGAUUCGAAAUUCAAUGCGCAUUCCAAUGCGUCGUGUCGGAAAUUUAGUAUCUUUAGUUCCUAAAACUACAACUACAACUACAACCUUAAAAAAUCCAAUCAAAAUAUCUCGCAGCAAUUAUCAUAACUUUUCUAAAUCCACAAUUAAUACAAAUAAUCGAAUAUUUACGAUACCAAAAGUCAAAGAGUCAAAUCAUGUUUAUCCAUUAUCCACUUUCAAUUCAUACCUUAAUCCUUCUUUACAUUCUUUACGACCGAAGAAAGUGAACUCUCGAAUAUCUUAUCACUUUUAUAGUACAACCGCUGAAACAAAUCCUCUUGAUUCUAUUAUUAAAUCGAACAAAGUUAAUGUGGACAAAGUACUUGUUGUAGGAUCAGGUGGUUUAUCCAUUGGGCAAGCUGGUGAAUUUGAUUAUUCUGGUUCACAAGCUAUCAAAGCAUUACGUGAAUCAGGUGUCCGAACAGUUUUGGUAAAUCCAAAUAUUGCCACCAUUCAAACAUCACAUGCUUUGGCGGAUACCGUUUAUUUCCUUCCCGUGACAGUUGAAUAUUUAACUCACAUUAUUGAACGUGAACGUCCUGAUGGAAUCCUUCUUACUUUUGGUGGUCAAACUGGAUUAAAUGUUGGUAUUAAAUUAGAACAAAUGGGUGUUUUGUCUAGACUUGGAGUUAAAGUAUUGGGAACUCCAAUUCGAACUUUGGAAGUAAGUGAAGAUAGAGAUUUAUUCGCUCAAGCAUUAAAAGAAAUUGAUAUCCCUGUUGCUGAAUCAACUGCUGUUUCUACUAUCGAUGAUGCACUUGCUGCUGCUGAACAAAUUGGUUACCCUAUAAUUGUUCGUUCCGCUUUUUCACUUGGUGGUCUCGGUUCCGGAUUUGCAUCAAAUCCCGAAGAACUUCAUAGUUUAGCUGCAAAAUCAUUAGCCUUGGCACCCCAAAUUUUAGUGGAAAAAUCAAUGAAAGGAUGGAAAGAAGUAGAAUAUGAAGUUGUUCGAGAUGCCGAAAAUAAUUGUAUUACCGUAUGUAAUAUGGAAAAUUUUGAUCCUUUGGGUAUUCACACUGGUGAUUCGAUCGUUGUUGCACCAAGUCAAACUUUAAGUGAUGAAGAAUAUCAUAUGUUAAGAACCGCUGCUAUCAAAAUCAUUCGUCAUUUGGGAGUGGUGGGUGAAUGUAAUGUUCAAUAUGCCUUGAAUCCUGAAAGUCUUGAAUUCAAAGUUAUUGAAGUUAAUGCACGUCUUAGUCGUAGUAGUGCACUAGCUUCAAAGGCAACCGGUUAUCCUCUCGCAUUUAUUGCUGCAAAAAUUGCUUUGGGACAUACACUUCCAGAACUUCGAAAUGCGGUUACCAAAACUACCACCGCAUGUUUUGAACCAUCAUUGGAUUAUAUAGUAACAAAAAUUCCAAGAUGGGAUUUAAGUAAAUUUCAACAUGUCAAUCGUGAAAUUGGUAGUUCAAUGAAAAGUGUUGGUGAAGUUAUGGCAAUUGGUAGAACCUUUGAAGAAAGUUUGCAAAAGGCCAUUCGUCAAGUUGAUCCUUCAUUUAAGGGCUUCCAAGCUUUACCUUUCUCAGAUCUCGAUAAAGCUCUUAGUGUUCCCACGGACAGACGAUUAUUUGCUAUAGGUCACGCUAUGCUUGAAAAGAAUUAUACGAUCGACCAAAUUCAUGAUCUUACGAAAGUUGAUAAAUGGUUCCUCCAUAAACUUGGAAAUAUUGUAAAUAUUCAACAUGAUAUUAAACAUGCCGGAAAAUUGGAGAAUAUUCCAAAAUCAUUAUUACAAGAUGCUAAAAAGAAAGGAUUUUCGGAUGCUCAAAUUGCUGGAUUUUUACAAGACACUACUGAAGAUCAAGUACGACAAGCCAGAAAAGGUUAUGGAAUUACACCAUUUAUAAAAAGGAUUGAUACAUUGGCAGCAGAAUUUCCUGCUCAAACCAAUUAUUUAUAUGCCACUUAUAAUGCGUCAACUCAUGAUGUAAAAUUUGAUGAACAUGGAACUAUGGUAUUAGGUUCAGGAGUAUAUCGAAUUGGUUCAUCAGUAGAAUUUGAUUGGUGUGGAGUUUCAGCCAUUCAAUCUCUUCGUAAUAUGGGAAAGAAAACGAUCAUGGUAAAUUAUAAUCCGGAAACUGUUUCAACCGAUUUUGAUGAAUGUGAUCGACUUUAUUUCGAAGAACUUUCUUAUGAAAGAGUUAUGGAUAUUUAUGAAGCCGAAAAAGCUCGUGGAGUGGUAGUUUCAGUAGGAGGUCAAUUACCACAAAAUAUUGCACUUCGUUUACAUGAAAGUAAUGUGAAUGUAUUAGGAACUAGUCCCGUGAUGAUCGAUAAUGCCGAAAAUCGAUUCAAAUUUUCACAAAUUUUGGAUAAAAUUAAUGUGGAUCAACCUGAAUGGAAAGAAUUAUCAAUUUUAGUUCGUCCGUCAUAUGUACUUUCAGGUGCAGCCAUGAACGUUUGUCAUGAUCAUGAAACAUUACACAAAAAUUUAUUCGAAGCAACAUCAGUUUCACCUUUACAUCCCGUGGUGAUCACUAAAUUCAUAUCUUCAGCUGCGGAAAUAGAUAUUGAUGCAGUUGCGCAUAAAGGGAAAUUAUUAAUUCAUGCCGUAUCAGAACAUGUCGAAAAUGCCGGCGUUCAUUCCGGUGAUGCCACUUUAAUAUUACCACCCCAAGAUAUUGAUGACAAGACCAUGGCACGAUUAAAAGAGAUUGCCGUAAAGGUUGCCAAAGCAUUUGAAAUCACGGGACCAUUCAACAUGCAAAUCAUUAAAAAAGAUAUUCCCGGGGAAGAAUCAGAACUUAAAGUUAUAGAAUGUAAUUUACGUGCAUCAAGAUCAUUCCCAUUCGUAUCAAAAGUUCUUGGUACCAAUUUCAUUGAAGUUGCUACUCACGCAUUAUGUGAUUAUCAAGUUCCCAAACCAAUUGAUAUUAUGGCCUUGAAGAAAAAUUAUCAAGCAGUUAAAGUUCCUCAAUUUUCUUGGACACGUCUUCAAGGGGCGGAUCCAUUCUUGGGAGUUGAAAUGGCAUCAACUGGAGAAGUUGCAUGUUUCGGUAAAGAUAAAUAUGAAGCAUAUUGGUCAGCGAUUCAAUCAACCCAAAAUUUUAGAAUUCCUAAACCAGGAAGUGGAAUCCUUUUAGGAAAAGAUCAAUAUACCAAAGAAGAUGAUUUUUAUGCGGUAGCAAAUACACUUUCAAAAGAUUUAGGACAUCCACUUUUUACUACCUCACAAAAAGUUACGGAUGAUUUAGCCAAACAUAAUAUUAAAGCUCAAACAUUAACUUUACCCGAAAAUAAUAAACGAGCACUUCAACAAACAUUCCAAAAUAAUCAUAUUGAUUUCGUCUUUAAUCUCGCAUCACUUCGAGCUUCAAAUGUAAAUGAUGGAAAUUAUAUCGCGCGACGAUCGGCAGUAGAUUUUGGAAUACCAUUGGUGAAUGAUAGUAAAUGUGCCAAAUUAUUUGUAGAAUCGAUUAAAAGGAAACGACAAGAAUUAGGUAGUUUAUCAGCAGGAGAAUAUCCAGGAGAAGUUAAAAGUUGUUAUUCUUAUCCUUGGAAAAACACGAUUGCCGGACAAAAGUUUGCACAUAAUUACGACCAUCAAAAUGAUCACGAUAAUAAUAAUCAAAGAAAUUAUGAUGGUGGUCGAUAUGAUAGUUGUUGGUAUCCAUCAAAUUAUAAAAAAGCCAUAAUCAUAGUUAUUGAUGCUCUCAGAUUUGAUUUUGCAAUUCCACACAAUCAUGAGGAUAAUGAGGAUAAUGAUGGUGGGGAAAAGAAAUAUUAUCAUAAUAAACUUCCAAUAUUUGAUUAUCUCCUAAGAACUCAACCGGCAAAUUCAUUAAUCUUUGAAUAUAUCGCUGAUGCACCAACCACAACUUUACAACGUUUGAAAGCUCUCACCACCGGAACUUUACCAACAUUUAUUGAUGCCGGUAGUAAUUUCGCCGGAUCCGCGAUAAUGGAAGAUAAUUUGAUUUAUCAAUUAUAUUGGGAUGUACUCAUUGCACAUUUUUUGGGAGUCGAUCAUUGUGGACAUCGAUAUGGACCGGAUCAUCCGGCAAUGGCAGAAAAAUUACAACAAAUGAAUGAAAUGAUUAAUAAUGUAACUAAAAAUAUUGAAGAAGAUACAAUCGUAUUAAUAAUGGGAGAUCAUGGAAUGGAUUCAAAAGGAGAUCACGGAGGGGAUAGUGAUAAUGAAGUUGAAUCGACACUUUUCAUUUAUAGUAAAAAGCAAUUAAUGAUUCAAGAUUCAAAUUAUUUAAAUAUUCUUUCACGAAUUUAUAAGAAAUUAGAUGAAUUAAAUAAUCAUGGAAUUAAAUCAUUUACAUCAAAAUAUGAAGAGAAAUGGCGAAGUAUUCCACAAAUUGAUUUUGUACCAACUUUAUCUCUCUUAUUAGGAAUUCCAAUUCCUUUUAAUAAUUUAGGAUCUUUAAUACCUGAAGUAUUUCUUCACAAUAAUGGGAAUAAUAAUAGUGUUGAAGAGAAAUUAUUAAAUUUAUUAAAUGGUUUACGACUUAAUUCUCAACAAGUUUAUCGAUAUGCUAAAGAAUAUUCAAUGCAACGAUCAUCAACAGAUUUAUCAACUGAAGAUUUAAAAAUUAUGAAUAAUAUGUUUAAUAAAGCUGAAAAUGAAUACAAAUUAUUUUUAUUUAAAAAACAAACGAUAGAAAAAAAUGAAAAUUCAACGGAAUCUUUGGAAAAUCUGGAAAAUUUAAUUGUUCUUUAUAUGAAUUUUUUGAGAAAUACUUUAUCAAUAUGUCGAAGAGUUUGGGCACAAUUUGAUUUAUCAUUAAUGAUUUCGGGAAUUAGUAUUUUAAUAUCAAGUUGUAUUUGUAUCGGUUUACAUAUUAUUCAAAGUACAAAGAAUCAUUCAACAUUUAAUAAUUACGUGGCGGUUCGACAUAUUUUGGUGGGAGGAAGUUUUGGUGCCGUAUUUGCAAGAUUGGGAUUAAUUAGAUUUAUUAUUAAUAAAUUUAUAAUUUUUAUUGAUUCAAAUAAUUUUACCACUUUAGAUAUUAUAAUUUUUGGUUCAUCAAUCGGUUCAAUCAUUGGUUAUUUUAUUGAAUUUUCAAGAUUUGGAAUUAUUUCACUUAAAAAAAGCAAGAUGAUCACAUCCGAUAAUUUAUUGGCAAUAUUUUUUUUAAUUCUUCAUUCAUCAUUAUUUACAUCAAAUAGUUUUACAAUUCAUGAAGAUCGUAUUAGUUUAGCAUUAAUACAAACAUUUGGAAUUUAUACAUUUAUUAAAUCAUUUAGAAUCAAGGAUGAUCAAUUACGUAAGAGAUUAAUCAUAUUAACGAUAACAUUUUUAAUUAUUUCGCGAAUUUCGGCUUAUUCAACUGUAUGUCGAGAAGAACAAAUGCCUUAUUGUAUAUCAACAUUUUAUGCUUCAAUAUCAACAACUUCUUCAUCACCAAAUGUUUUAAUAAUUUUAGUAACAUUAGGAGUUAUUAUACCAUUCAUUAUACGUCGAAUAUUACAAUUAUCUAAAAGUUAUAAUGGUAUCGCACCAAUUUGGAUUGAUAUUGGAUUAAGAGCUGGAUUAAUUAUUUGGAAAUGGGUAAAAAAUUUUAUAGUUAGAUUAGCAUUUGGAUUGGCUAUUAUAGUUGGAGGUAUUGCUUGGAUAACAAAUCCACUUUGCCUGGAAUUAAAAAUGAUUAAUAUUAAUGAAGAAGGAAAUAAACGAGAGAGCGGAAUAAAUUUAAGUGGAAAUCGAAGAAGGAUUGAUAUCGUAACAUUAAAAACACCGAAAACACCAAAAACGCCAAACACAUCAAACAAAUUAAAAUCAAUAAAUAUAUUAAAUACAUCAUUACAAUCAGAAAAUUCGGAUACUUCAGAUAAUUCAGAAAAUCCGCAACAAAUAAUAGAGUCAGACAAAUCAAAUUCCGGAAAAGUUAUUGCAAUCUUAGGAUAUGGAAAUGCAUUUGGAUCAUCAUAUUUUAUCUUCUUGACAAUCAUUUAUCUUUUAUUAGUAAUAACACAAAAACCGAUGGGAGGAAUUAUGCUAUCAAUUGCGAUAUGUCAAAUUUUAUGUUUAUUAGAAAUCAUUGACACCACAAGAAAUGUAAAUGAAUUAUUGAAUCGGAAAAAGAUGCAAAACAAAAUGAGUCGAAUUAAUCGAAUAAAUCAAACAAGUAAACGAGAGAAAGGUGGCAGAAAUCAACGAAAUCUUGGAGAUAUUGAUGAAUAUAUUCAAGAAAUCGAAAAUUUUUCAACAACAUUAUCAUCAAUACAAUGGUCAACCGGAUUUAUUGGAAUAUCCGAAGCCAAUUUUACGAUUACACCAAUUUUAAUAACUUUAAAUACUCUCGCAUCACAAAUCUUAUUUACUUGUUCAAUUCCUUUAAUAAUAUUUUGGAAUAUUACACCUCGAUCCGAUUAUCCAAUGUUUUAUGAGAUCAUCAAGACGAUCAUGUUUUAUUUAAUUUAUCAAAGUAUAUUAACCACCAGUAGUGUGAUUUGGGCUGGAAUAUUUAGAAGACAUUUAAUGGUUUGGAAAAUAUUUGUACCAAGAUUUUUAUUAGGUGGAAUAAGUUUAUUAUUAGUUGAUCUCGUGAUUUGGAUUUUUGUUUUAGGAAUUGGUUGUUGGAAAGUGAUGAAUGAAGUUACCGGAUUUUUUGAUAUUCAUUAUAAAUAA